CAGUUCACAACCCUCGCACCUCCCGCCGCCCACUUUGUGGUGCGCAUGUGUGGCGUGGCGUCAGGCCUCGCUCAUCGCAUUGCGUGCGCCUGCUGCGCGCGCGUAGAGUGCAGACGAGUGGUUAGAGACCGGCCGAGACUAGCAGCGAUUAAUCACUCGAUCGACCGAUGAGCCGGCCGGUUAAUUCGUACACCAGCUUGCGAGCUACAGGGUCGAUUGAUCGCUUUGCUUUUGGCCGAUAUAUUGUCCCAAACACUAACCUCUUAUCCUUUCAUCUCCUCUCCCCCCACUUGCACCCGCGAGCAGCGACUCCUCCUAGCUUUUCCAGAGGGAGCAGCCACUGAGCUCGCUCGUGCUAGCUAGCUAGCUAGCUAGCCAGGAAGCGCGCGGUUGGUAGAUAUGCGGAGGAGGACGACGGCGACGAAGGAGCAGCAGCAGCAGUAGCCAUGAGCGGCAGACAGGAGAACGGCCAUGGCGCCGCUGCCGCCGCGGCGGCAGGAGGGGGAGGCGACGCGCACGAGGACGACUUGGUGAUGCCGGGGUUCCGGUUCCACCCGACGGAGGAGGAGCUCAUCGAGUUCUACCUCCGGCGGAAGGUGGAGGGCAAGCGCUUCAAUGUCGAGCUCAUCACCGUCCUUGACCUCUACCGCUACGACCCCUGGGAGCUCCCUGCAAUGGCCUCGAUUGGGGAGAAGGAGUGGUUCUUCUACGUGCCGAGGGACCGCAAGUACCGGAACGGGGACCGGCCGAACCGGGUGACGGCGUCGGGGUACUGGAAGGCGACGGGCGCCGACCGGAUGAUCCGGGCGGAGAACAACCGGCCUAUUGGGCUGAAGAAGACGCUCGUCUUCUACUCCGGCAAGGCGCCCAAGGGCGUCCGCAGCAGCUGGAUCAUGAACGAGUACCGCCUCCCGCCCGACGACACGGACCGCCACCACAAGACCGAAAUCUCCCUCUGCCGCGUGCACAAGCGCUCCGGCAUCGACGACGGCCACUGCCAUCACUCCCCGGCGCGCGCAACGCCCUCCCGCGGCGCCAUGGCGCAGCAAGACAACAAGCAAGCUUCAUCGUCGUCCACACCCACACCGCCCACAACCCCGUCCAAGCUCCAGCACCUUCUCCAAGGCGAGUGCACGUCGCCACCCGCCAUCACGGAUGACGCUCCGGCACACAAGGCGGCGGCGGCGGCGGCGCGGCAGUUCCUCGCAAAGCCGUCAGGUGGCUACCUGUUCGCGACGAGCUCCGCCGCGGCGGCGACCGGCGAUCAGCAAGAGGGAACCGCUGCAAUGUACGAUCACUCCAGGAACACGAACGCAUUCGCCUCAACGUACUCGCUGCUCAGCCUGGUGAACGCGGCCUCCAUGGGCAGCUCCGCUGCGGCCAUCGACGAGCUAAGCACACUGGUGAACCACAGCCCUCCGGCAUAUUUCAACAACCAGGCCGGCGGUAGCAGCCACUUCCUCCCAGUGCCAACGCCGCCGUCGCAGCCAAUGGCGCUCGGGACGCUGCCGAUGUCGCUGGCCGCCAUCUCUGACAAGAUCUGGGACUGGAAUCAGAUCACUGAUGCGGCGGCCAGAGAUUACAGCAGUGCCGGAUUCAAGUGACGGCUAAUGAGCGACCGCAUGCACGCCGCAGCCCCGCACGCGUGCAUGGCGGGGCACAUUCCGAUCAUUGUGGUACAACCAAUCAACCAUAUCAUGUAGCGUUCUCUCUCUCUCUCUCUCUCUCUCUCUCUCUCUCUCUCUCUCUCUCUCUCUCUCUCUCUCUCUCUCUCUCUCUCUCUCUCUCUCUUCUCUCUCUCUCUCUCUCUCGCGGUUAAUUUGUUCACAGUUAAUUCUGAGGAAAUAAUCACUGUAGACAAUUAUGACCUUCUUAAUCAGUCCAUAGAUCAUACCAAAUUGUACUAGUAUGAUCAAGAAUUCAGGAUAGGUAACCUGUAAUUCCUACUGAAUUGCAUAUAAUAACCUCCCCUUGACCGAUGUGACAGUUAAUUGCUUCGCUCCACUCAUUUUUUACUCCUAUGAGCCAUCACGUCAUGGUGCGCAAGAAUGGGGUGCACGUACUUGCAAAUGUUUGUCUAGCCAAAAGUGCUUCUUUUUUAACUGUCUGACUUGUACACUGCACUGCGCAUGAAAUUAUGCCGGCUGGUUGCAUGAUUGGGAAAAGACCAUGGCAGAGAUUGUUCCCUGGAAUCAUUGGGAGAGGACCUGCAGGGGUGGAUGUCGGCCGGGUGCGUGUGCAUCUAUCGAUCUGUGCAGAUGCAGGACUGUGUCAGAGAGAUGUGAAGGACUGAUUAGUUUGAGGCAGUAGUCAUGUGAUGGCAGGGUUUGUCCUUUCUCUCUGCCACGCACAGUGUUCUCUUGUCAGGGUCUCAGGGACUAUCCACCAGAUUUCUACGACUGUAGUAAAUGAUUAUUAUUCCUCCUUGUUUGCUCAUGCUGGCCGUAACGUGUCUGGUGUGUGCUGGGCUCGCUCGAUCGAUCGAUCAAUGGUGAGAGUUUGCCUGUUUGGACUCUCGAAGAUAGGGACGCAAAGGAGGCUCAAAUGGGUGAGGUGGUUCCUUCUGUCAUAAUGUCAUGAGAUGAUGCUUUGAUAGAUUGGGCAUGGGCAUUUGGGCAUGACAGUCUAUUGGUAGAGGCUGAUCGCUAGUUUGAUUUGUUUUGGUACUUGUUGGUUAUGCCAGUUGUACCUGCUGUAUAAGUUGAUAUCAAGUCUCAUAGAGAUGAAUCAACACUCAACAGCUAUAAGCUAGCUAGUCUCAGAUUGGAGAAAAGAACAAAUGAAUGUAUGCAAGCUUGAUGGGAUAGAUUAUUCCACACUUCUACAGUUACCCGUAUAUCUGAUUAUCUGUCUAUUACUAUU